GGCCAGAACACGUUAAUUCACAUGACGGUAUCUUGCACCAACACAGGCACGGCACCAAGUACCACUAUAGCGACUUCACGAAGACCUUAAUAAAACUCGACUUGACAGCCGACACGUCAAGGGAGCGAGUGCCAACACGAUACCCCACCAACACGCACAUCUUCAUCACUCCUGCCGCCUUUUUGCACCAACGUCCCAAUAUAGCACGCCCAGUCAAACAAUGGCUGCCAGAUCUCGCUCACCAGGCUUUGGCGAUACAACGAGCAUCAAUCUCAACCGCUUGUUGUCCAGAUUAGACCGCCUAGUACUGGUCGACCCAUCACCACAAUUGCGAAAGUCAAACUAUGAGCGCGCACGCGUGAGUGCGAACAUCGAACAUGCACGCACCUUACUCCUCAGUCUCGAACACUCAGCCUCCACGAUACCCUCCAAGUCGAAGAAAGCCGAAUUACAAAACGAUCUACAACAGAAGCGCGAACUCAUCAAACAGCUUAAUCAGCGGAUAUACGAGCUUAACCAGCUGGACGACACGGAUUCGGAGGGGUCUGCAGAUUCCGACGAUGAAGACGCAGACCAGUUCCCGUCGUACGCACCAAGAGUAAAGACGGAAGCCGGACGGGAUGUGUCGACAGCGACAGAAGGCAACGAAGCAUUCCAAAAUGCAGCACAAGGCAUCGCAUCAGAACUCCGCCGAAGGGGAAAGGCGGACGCGAAUACAGCGGGGGCGCAAUCAGCAUCCGGCAACUCGUUGUUUCCUUCCAAGCCCACGACAGGCGACCCAUCGCUCGCAAAAACCGAGUCGCUCCUCUCUCACGAACGCAACGAACAAGAGGAGCUCACGACAGACUUGCUCGAUAUGGCGCGGCAGUUGAAGGAACAGUCGAUACAUUUUGGCAACACGCUCGAGGGUGACAAAAGCGUAGUGGAUCGAGCGCUUGCUGGGCUGGACAAGAACACAUUGAACAUGGAUGCUGCCAGCAGAAGAAUGGGGGCACUGCGGAGGAUGACUGAGGGCAAGGGUUGGUGGGACAGGAUCAAGCUCUAUUGCAUGAUCGCUGGGUUAUGGCUAAUCGCCUUCCUGAUUGUCUUCGUUGGGCCGAAGAUUCGGUUCUAGGGCAUCACUGGAUGUCGCAAACCUGUCAAACCAUGUUUUACGUGGCACGCAUCGUGAAGUCACACGCAAAGCUUUGCGGGUACCUUACACCAGCGUCAGGAACAGCAUCACACGCUUAGCUAAGACACAACCAAUCCACGCAAUAUUCAUACUGCUUCACAUGCAGUACAGCUCACUGUUCUCCACUUCGAUCGCUCAAUCUUGGACGCUCCAGCCAUGAUCGGGCCGCCCGAUCCUCACCGCUGAGCCACGACGAAUCUGGACCCUGCGCCAUCUCGCAAGCUGCAUGCAGCCGCUUAGCGGCUCCGAGCUCCAUCUUAAUAUGUGCCUUGCCUCGACAACAACAACACACUGUAUCAUUGACGCUUUACACACACACAUUGGGUUGAUAUAUUUAGUGUCGCGACAAUAUGGCAACCAUGGAAAUGCAUUCAUUGGGCUCGCG